UUUGCCAGGCCGUCUUCUUCUCUGAGUUUCCAAGACAGUGUUAGUUUAAUGCCUUGUCUUGACACUAUCAGAUAUAAUCAGAGAAAUGAAAAAUGCCUUGGGAAAGAUAAAUGAUAUUUUAGCCAAGCUGUACAAGAGAAAUAGUGCUACUUUCAAGUCCUAUUUUCCAUAGCUUCUAAUGGAGCCUGCUCAGGAGGAUCAUCAGCUUUUCUGGGGCUUGCCUUGAUAAAAGGAUUGGAACUGGUGACACCUGUUUCAAAGAAAACAACAGUGUGAAUAACCGUAGCUUGCUGCCAGAAAUGACCUUCUCAGUGGACUCAUCUUGGCAGCGGUGGCAGUGGCGAGUCAGAGAUGGCCUCCCCCAGUCUCCAUCAGAAGCCACACCACUGUUGUCCCAAGAUAAAAGGAGGCAAAGCUACAACCUGACACAGCAGCGGGUCGUGUUCCCCAACAACAGCAUGUGCCACCAAGAUUGGGCCGAGGUCUCCUGGAGAUACUCCAGCAACAGAAUCUGCACGACCAAAUAUACCUUCCUCACCUUCUUGCCUCAGAAUCUCUUUGAGCAGUUUCAUAGGUGGGCUAACCUCUAUUUCCUGUUCCUGGUGAUUCUGAACUGGAUGCCCUCCAUGGAAGUUUUCCACAGAGAAAUCACCAUGUUACCAUUGGCCAUUGUGCUGUUCAUCAUCAUGGUCAAGGAUGGCAUGGAGGACUUCAAGAGACAUCGUUUUGAUAGAGAGAUCAACUGCUCCAACAUCUGGAUAUAUGAAAGGAAAGAGCGGAGCUACGUGCAGAAGUGCUGGAAGGAUGUGCGUGUGGGAGACUUCAUCCAAAUGAAAUGCAACGAGAUCAUCCCAGCAGACAUACUCCUCCUCUUCUCCUCAGACCCCAGCGGGAUCUGCCACCUGGAAACUGCCAACCUGGAUGGAGAGACAAACCUCAAACAAAGACGUGUUGUGAAGGGCUUCUCAGAGCAGGUUGUACAGUUCGAACCCGAACAUUUCUGCAACACCAUUGUGUGUGAGAAACCCAACAACCACCUCAACAAAUUUAAGGGUUAUAUGGAGCAUCCUGACCAGACAAGAACUGGCUUUGGCAGUGAGAGUCUUCUGCUUCGAGGCUGCACCAUCAGAAACACUGAGGUGGCUGUUGGCAUCGUCAUCUAUGCAGGCCACGAGACAAAAGCCAUGCUGAACAACAGCGGCCCACGGUACAAACGCAGCCAGAUCGAGCGGCGCAUGAACACAGACAUCUUCUUCUGCAUUGGGCUCCUCUUCCUCAUGUGCCUCAUUGGAGCUGUAGGUCACCGCCUCUGGAAUGGGACCUUUGAAGAACACCCUCCCUUUGAUGUGCCAGAUGCCAAGGGCAGCUUCCUUCCCCUUGCCCUUGGAGGCUUCUACAUGUUCCUUACAAUGAUCAUCCUGCUCCAGGUGCUGAUCCCAGUCUCCCUGUACGUGUCCAUUGAGCUGGUGAAGCUUGGGCAAGUCUUCUUCCUGCACAAUGACCUUGACCUGUAUGAUGAAGAGACCAAUUUGUCCAUUCAGUGUCGAGCCCUCAACAUCACUGAGGACUUGGGCCAGAUCCAGUAUGUCUUCUCUGACAAGACGGGGACACUGACUGAGAACAAGAUGGUCUUUCGGCGUUGCACUAUCAUGGGCAGCGAGUAUUCUCACCAAGAAAAUGCCAAGCGACUAGAGACCCCAAAGGAGCUUGACUCAGACAGUGAAGAAUGGACCCAAUACCAGUGCCUGUCCUUCCCAGCCCGAUGGGCUCAGGGCCCAGCAACACUGAGGGGCCAAAGAAGGGCCCAGCCUCUGAGGAGGUGCCACAGUGCCCAGGUACCCAUCCAGAGCCACUCCCGACAAAGGUCUGUGGGGCGCUGUGAAAGCUCACAGCCUCCUGUGGCCUUCAGCAGCUCCAUAGAAAAAGAUGUGACUCCAGAUAAAAAUCUACUGCCCAAAGUGCAAGAUGCUGCCCUGUGGCUGGAGACCUUGUCAGACUCCAAACCUGCCAAAUCUUCCCCCUCCACCACCUCCUCCAUUGCUGACUUCUUCCUUGCUCUAACCAUCUGCAACUCUGUCAUGGUCUCCACAACCACAGAGCCCAGGCAGAGGGUCACCAUGUCACCUUCGACCAAGGCUCUGGGGACGUCCCUGGAGAAGAUUCAGCAGCUCUUCCACAGAUUGAAGCUUUUGAACCUCAGCCAGUCAUUCUCGUCUACUGCGCCCUCUGACACUGACCUAGGGGAGAGUCUGGGGGACAAUAUGCCUACCACAGACUCAGAAGAGAGAGAUGAUGCAUCUGUGUACAGUGGAGGCUACUCCACCGACGGUGGCUACAGGAAUAGCACAUGCGACCAGGGCAACAUCCAGGGGUCUGGAUUGGAUGCUUCCUUGGAGGAGGUGCUGGAGGCCCCAGCUCUAGGCCUCGCAAGCCCUGAACUCUAUUAUGAGGCUGAGAGCCCUGAUGAGGCAGCCCUGGUGCAUGCUGCCCAUGCCUACAGCUUCACACUGAUGUCCCGGACACCUGAGCAGGUGACUGUGCGCUUGCCCCAGGGCAUCUGCCUUACCUUCGAUGUCCUCUGCACCCUGGGCUUUGACUCUGUCAGGAAAAGAAUGUCCGUGGUUGUGAGGCACCCACUGACGGGUGAAAUCAUCAUCUACACCAAGGGCGCAGACUCGGUUAUCAUGGACCUGCUGGAAGACCCGGCGUGUGUAACUGACACGGAUGUGGAAAAGAAGAUGAGGAAAAUCCGAGCCAGGACCCAGAAGCAUCUAGACUUGUAUGCAAGAGAUGGCCUUCGAACACUGUGCAUCGCUAAGAAGGUCAUAACCGAAGACGACUUCCGGCGAUGGGUCAGUUUCCGGUGUGAGGCGGAGGCAUCCCUCGACAACCGAGAUGACCUUCUGAUGGAGACCGCACAGCAUCUAGAGAAUCAACUCACUUUACUCGGAGCCACUGGGAUUGAAGAUCGGCUACAAGAAGGGGUUCCAGAUACAAUCGCCGCUCUGCGGGAGGCUGGGAUCCAGCUCUGGGUCUUGACUGGAGAUAAGCAGGAGACAGCAGUCAAUAUCGCCUAUUCCUGCAGACUGUUAGAUCAGACUGACACUGUUUACUCCAUUAAUACAGAAAGUCAGGAAACUUGUGAAUCCAUCCUCAACUGUGCACUGGAAGAAGUAAAGCAAUUUCAUGGACCACAGAAGCCAGACCGCAAGCUCUCUGGAUUCUGUCUACCUUCUGAGACACUACCCCCCACCUCAAGAGCUGCAAUUCCAGAAGUUGGAUUGGUCAUCGAUGGGAAGACAUUGAAUGCCAUUUUCCAGGGAAAACUGGAGAUGAAAUUUUUGGAGUUGACUCAGUAUUGCCGGUCUGUCCUGUGCUGUCGUUCCACCCCACUCCAGAAGAGUAUGAUAGUCAAGCUGGUGCGAGACAAGUUGAGCGUCAUGACCCUUUCCAUAGGUGAUGGAGCAAAUGACGUAAGCAUGAUUCAAGCUGCUGACAUUGGAAUUGGGAUAUCUGGACAGGAAGGCAUGCAGGCUGUUAUGUCCAGCGACUUUGCCAUAUCCCGCUUCAGACACCUCAAGAAGCUGCUGCUUGUGCAUGGCCAUUGGUGUUACUCGCGCCUGGCCAGGAUGGUGGUGUACUACUUCUACAAGAAUGUGUGCUACGUCAACCUGCUCUUCUGGUACCAGUUUUUCUGUGGUUUUUCUGGCUCCACCAUGAUCGAUUAUUGGCAGAUGAUAUUCUUCAAUCUCUUCUUCACCUCCUUGCCUCCUCUCGUCUUUGGAGUCCUCGAUAAAGACAUCUCUGGAGAAACACUCCUGGCGUUGCCUGAGCUGUACAAGAGUGGCCAAAACUCUGAGUGCUACAACCCGAUGACUUUCUGGAUUUCCAUAGUGGAUGCAUUCUACCAGAGCCUUGUCUGUUUCUUCAUUCCUUACCUGACCUACAAAGAUUCUGAUAUUGACGUCUUUACCUUUGGGACACCCAUCAAUACCAUCUCCCUUACCACAAUCCUCUUGUACCAGGCAAUGGAAAUGAAGACCUGGACCAUUAUCCACGGGCUUGUUCUUGUAGGCAGCUUCCUGAUGUACUUUGUGGCAUCCCUUGUUUACAAUGCCACCUGCGUCAACUGCAACAGUCCCACCAAUCCCUAUUGGGUGAUGGAAGGCCAGCUCUCAGACCCCACUUUCUACCUCGUCUGUUUCCUCACACCAGUCAUGGCUCUUCUCCCAAGGUACUUUUUCCUAUCUCUACAAGGGACUUAUGGGAAGUCUCUGAUCUUAAAAGCUCAGAAAAUCGACAAACUCCCCACAGACAAAAGAGACCUAGAAAUGCAGAGUUGGAGAAGCAGACAGAGGCCUGUCCCUAUUCCUGGAAAGGCUCAGCACACCCACCAUCCAGUGCCACCUGUCCCAGAACGAGCCUUCAGAGCCAGCACCCCAAAGAGCUCUAGCCCUCCAGAGCGGAAGUACAAGGAGGACUGGGUGCUGCAUGGAGAGAAAUGCAGCAGAGACCAUCUGAAGGAUCACCCAUGCCCAGGGGACUCCUCAGCUAAACUCUCAUCCAGGGAAUACCUGCUUCUGGGGCCUAGUAGGACAACGACUUCGGGAGCCUAUUCAAGUGGACAGACUGAUGAGUACAGGCCCUCAAGCAGGGGCAGUCAUCGCCGAUCCCAGAGUUCGCUGACCAUAUAAAUGGCCUGAAGAAAUCUGUACAAACUCAGAGGAAGCCACCCAAUCAAUGGCCUAAUUAACCUAUGACUCUUCGUCUUCAUGGAGGAAAGGCCAUGCCAGAUUUAUUUGCUCCCAACCAGGCUUGACGUCCUUGGAGAAAAUGCUGGCCCCAAGGGCUUUGACAAAGGACUGGAAACCAAUCCACCUCUACCUUUCUCCUGCUGCCAGGCAGCAUAUAAUGCAAACAAAAAUUUUAUAAGGAAGCUAUGUGUCUAAUGCAUUGAGUUUUAAAAUUUUUUUAGCCCAGAGACAUUCUUGUGACCUUCUAGGUAAGUAGAACAAAUGGCUAACACAACUGGGCCAUAAUUUUCCAAGAUUCCAAGAGAUAUAUCUACCCAGGCAAUCUCUCAGGAUAUGGAAGUUUCUGGGCUUGUCAAGCCAUCACCUCAUCUUAUUGUGCCGAAAGUUAAAGUUUCAGAAGAGACCCAUAUACACAGGUACUUCAUCUUGAGUGUAUUGCAGUGGUAAUUAUGUCAGGUUUAACAUUUUCAUUCGUAGAGAAUUGGUUGCUUCCUGUCUCUAAGCCAAAGAAAACCAUAUCUAAAGAGUAGAUUUGAACUCAGUGUCACAGACACUUUUGAAAAUUGUAGAUCCAUAGCUAGUGUAAGAGGCAACAACAACGUAAGCAUGCUAAAGCGAAUGGGUGCACUGGAAAUCCCAAGCUUUAGCUAAUGGACCAUAUGUCCACAGUCUAUACCAAGAGGAUAGGAGCAGUACUAUUUUUUUAAAGCUAUUUGUUUAUUUUUAAAUAGAAGUACUCAUCCUUAUUCAGCUCUAAGACUUAUAGUCCUUAAUAUAUCUGCGCCCAGAAUAAACCUGUAUGAUAGAGCAACUCUGAGCGCAAACAAGGACACCUCAAAGGAUAGGGCCAAUAUUAAACCCUAUAAUUAAGCUUAUCCCUGAUUAUUACCAGCUGGAAGACACUGGCCCAUGCUUCAGUUACAUUAGGGAGAGUCAGAGGAAGUCUAAUUUCAGAGGUUAAAGGAUUAUGCAAACUUCUUAUCCCUAGAGGUUACAAAUGCCAAAAUGUAAAAGUGCUCAAAACAGUGUUGAAUGAAAGAAUGGAUGAUAGAAUUCCAAGAAGCUAUCAAGAGAAUUCAGGUCUAUUAUGGACAAGGAUAAUGUAUCUCUAGUCUUUAAGAUAAGUCAGAGGCGGCUACUGAACCCUCUCCUCCUUAAGAUAGUACCUGUAUAUUAAGCAAAAUCCCUGUAUAUUAAGGAUGGAUGCAACAUGUGUGACAAGUCUUUGAGCCUAAGAGGCAUAGCUACCCCACAAUGUAGACUUUUCACUUGAGUAACUUCUCAGCAAAGAUGCACAAAAAGAUCUCAACAAUCAAAUUGGCAAAUGACCGACUGAGCUCAUCCUCUGACCAUCCGGCUGACAAACCUGAACUGGAGGGACCAUUUGAAGCAUUGUGUCCCUGGAAGCAAUACACUGGAUCUCUUUUACUGUCUAUGUCACAUAAUGAUGCCGAUAAUGGCCAACAGGAUAAUUCUACAUGCUGAUUGCUAGAGAAGGAGCAGGUGAACACAGCAGGCAGAGCAGUAAUGAUAGGAAUGUUCCAAAUGAGUGGUUUGAGCCAAAACUUGGAUCAUGGGGUCCUCAAUUUCCCCAUUUGAUUCCUGCCCACUCCUGCAAGCCAUACUGAGAGAGUUAGGAUGUUCCAGAGAAGAACAGAGUAGUGGGAAGAACACUGGCCUCAGGAGAUUUGGGUUUGAGUCUUUGCUUCUGUACUCUCUAGGAGCCAGGAGCCUUGAAGCAAGAUGCCAUACCUGCAAAUUAGGUUAAAACUGCUCUACCUUCCAGGCUUGGCAUAAGGAUCAAGUCAAAAAUACACAGGGGAUGUGCAAACCCUUUGAGAGUACAGAGUCUUUGCUUCUGUACUCUCUAGGAGCCAGGGGCCUUGAAGCAAGAUGCCAUACCUGCAAAUUAGGUUAAAACUGCUCUACCUUCCAGGCUUGGCAUAAGGAUCAAGUCAAAAAUACACAGGGGAUGUGCAAACCCUUUGAGAGCUGUAACACCCUGUGAAAACACAGGGAUUUCUAUUUCAGAGCUAAGGGGAAACAAGGUGAUGAGAAACUUGUGAAAAUGACCACUGUACCUAAAUGCUAAACCAUACCCAACGUUGUGAUGUUGCUCUCUUUCUUGCACGACCAACCAUCCCAGUCUGCCUGGGGUUUUCCAAGUCUUAGCACUGAAGGGCCCACAUCCUAGGAAAUCCCUCAGUCCUGGGCCACCUGAGACAGCUCGUCACCUAUUCUUGCCGCCCUUUGAAACCAAACCAACUGUGACCAUCCAACAUGCCACCUUAAGGGAAAAGGUUAUAACAACUUUUCCUAUAACAUUAUGCUAAUGAUUGUACUUAGAACAUUUUUAUACAUUUAUGACCUUUCACUGAUUGACUGGAAAUGUGUUAUCCUUUAUUAGAAAAAAAUAAGCAUUGUUUUCCAUAAUUGCCUGCAGUUCUGAGUACCCUCUCAUCCAUCCAUCCUUCUUUCCAUUCAUUCAUUCAUUCAGUAGUCUGUCCAUCCAUUUGUCCAAUAAACUGUUAAGCCCCUACUGGAUGCCUGCUAAUAUGCUAUGGGCUGUGAGGAAUUCAGUUCCUGUCUUUAAAGAAGCUCAUACCUUGUCAGACAUAGAGGAACAUGUUUGAUCCAACAUGAGAGUGUGACACAAACCAAAAUGGCUAUAGGAAUUAGAAGCAGCAGCACACCGUCUCCUCUGUAACUCUUACCUGGCUACUCUCCUCUUGCUGGAAGCCUGACACCAGCCUCAAACCCAGAUUGAUUCAGGUGCCUCUUUUCCCUCAUUCAGAAAAGAUUGAGUGGGUGCCUACUGCACAGCACUGUGUUAGGCAGCAAGGAUAAAAUAGGAGAGAAAACAGGCCCAUCUCCUGCCUUCAAGGGAUUCACAACCUAGAAGGUAAGACAGCCAGUAAUCAAAGAAAUAGAUAAAUGAGACAGUUGAACUCUAUGAGAAGAAAGAAGAAUGGAAAAGAAGGGAGGGGUGGUUCCCAGCAUGAUCAGAAAAGGCCUUUCCAUGGAGGAGAGGAGACUUUAACCAUGAUAAUAAUACAGCAGGAAAGGGCUAUUGCAGAUGGAGAGAAUUAACUAUGAAAGCCCUGAAAACGAAGAGUUUGGUAUACAGAAGGAGGAGAAGAAAAAAGAAAAGAAAGGUCAGGAUGACUAGAAUCCAAAUAAAAAAGAGUAAGUGCCCCCAUGAUAACGUUAAUAGUAACAACCAUACAAGCUCACUGUGUACUUGACACUAGACUAAGGGCACAUCAUCAUGUAAACCUCACAGCAACCCUCCAAGGUAGGUAAUAUUAUGCUCUAUUUCAGUUAGCUUCUGCAACACACCAAACCACCACCACCCAAAAUUUAGUGGACCAGUACAAUUACUUAUGCACUCAUGAUUCUCUGCAAUUUGAGGUGAAAUGGCUGGGAUCUUCCAUCUUCAAGAACGUCAGCCAACAUUGUCAUACGGCAGCAAUGUUCUGGGAGUGAGAACAGAAUCCACAGAGCCUCUUGAGACCUAGGCACAGAACUCACAGAUCAUCAAUGCCAUUACAUUCUAUCAAAGCAAAUCACAAGGCCAGCCCAGUUUCAAGGGGGCGGGGAAAACACAUUCCACCUUUAAUGGGAGGAUCUACAAAGAAAUUUGAAGCCAUUUGCAAUCCAUCACAUCCCAUUACAAAGGGAAAAACUGAGGCAAAGACAAGUCAAAUAACCAUGGCACAGUCACACAAUUAACAAGUGGGGAGGCAGCAUUCAAGAGCCUGAAACUAGAGCCUAUACUCUUAGCCACAAAGCUACACAACAGCAAGAUGGGGCUGAAGGGGCAGGUAGGAACCAGAUGACAGAGGGUCUUGUCUUCUCCACAUCCUCCUGAGAAGCAAAGAAGUUCAGUAUUUAGUGAGCUGGAAUUCCACCCCAGCUCUGUCACAGACUGGCAAUGUGACCCAGGGAGAGACCACACUGUGUUCAGCUGGGUUGCACAUCCAGACAAAAUCUUAAGUAAAGAAAAUACUAACAGUUAAGAUGAACUGGAACUCAUGCCUGCACUACCCUAAAAUAUCUUCCUGUUGAGCUGAUCACCUACCCAGAACUUUCUAUUCUGCCCUAGGGGCCCUAAGAAAUCAAUCACACAGGAGCAAAUUCUCCCAGACAAUCACAGAAGAGACAGCCCUUCCCUGCACCUCCAACCCAGGCAAGAUUUCACUGACAAAGAAGGUGGGGAUUGUGAACUGGAGCAAGCAGGACUUUUGAGAGUAUUAUAAAAGGAGUCCUGCCCAUCCAAACUUCAGGACUCCCACAGUGAGGAUCUGGGCAAUGUCAGACAAGAGCUGAGACCCAGAGCCUUUUUCUUCAAAGGCAUUCUGGUGCCACCUAGCAUCAGUGGAGGAGUUGCUGCUUCUGAGGACUCUUCCUACAGCUAGAGCAGGGAAAACAAUAAUGGAAGGGGAACUGAGCCAGGAGUCAGGAGCCCAGAUUUCCAGUCCGCUCCACCAAUGGUGUCCACUGUGACUCUGGACAAAUCCCUUCACCAGGUUUCAACCUCAAACUGAGGUUUUCUUGGCUUCCUCAAACACUCAAUGUAGGAACUGGACUGGUUCUAAUAUUCUGUGGUUCUAAGAGUUAUUUGGGGGAUGUUACAGUGCAGGAAUGCCCCUGUGCAAACAAAGCCUUUAGUUUACUAUUUGUGCAGCUGUCUGAUUCUCUAUCAUGCAUGCACAUGGUGGCAAAUCCCAUGAGGAAGGAACCCUGCAAUCUUGUUCCCUGCUGUGUUCCAAGUGCUCAAUACAUGGCAGUGCUCAACAAUGUUGUGAAUCCAGCUGUUGAAGAAACUCAUCAAUGGGGGCUGGUCUCAGAGGGAGUAUAGCAGGCAGGAGGACAGCAACAUUAUUUGGGAAGAUAAUGAACCCCCCAAGCCUUUGCGAGGCCACUGGUUGCCUUUCUCAGAUCAGUAGGCAGUAAGGAGCUGCAAAGACGUAAAGCAGGGCAGAGCAGCCACCAUCUCCAGCUGUCAAGGGGAAGCCAGAGCUGGGACAUCUCUCUGCCUCACACAGGCUGUAGACUCACUCCAGGUGCUGAAGUGUCUAAGGAGGAACUUUAGUCUCCUAUCAUCUCCAUCAACACUUCCAUCUCCCCAGCCACUUACUCUUUAAAUAAAGCACCAAGUUGA